UCCUUUCCCCUCCCCUCUCACCUCGACCCUCUCUCUCUCUCUCUUCCAUUACAGCAGCUGGUGUAGAGUGAGUGCAUUGCUUUCCUUGGUUCCGAUAUGGUUGCGAAGGAGAUGACACGCAAACGGGUGGUGGACGAGGUCUCCGGGUGGCUGCGGGUCUUUGACGACGGCACCGUCGACCGGACCUGGACCGGGCCGCCGGAGGCACUCUUCCUCAUGAACCCGGUGCAGCCCUUCGACACCCCUCGCGACGGCGUCACCCUCCACGACAUCCCCGGCUACCCCUCCCUCCGGCUCUACCUGCCGGAGUCCAGCAGUAAGCCCCUACCCAUCCUCCUCCACUUCCACGGGGGCGGCUUCUGCAUCAGCCACUUCUCGUGGUUCAUGUACCACCAGUUCUACUCUCGCCUCGCCGCCGCCGUCCCCGCGGCCGUCGUCUCCGUGGAGCUUCCCCUCGCCCCCGAGCACCGCAUGCCCUCCGCAGCCGACGCUGGCUUUGCGGCCCUCUUCCGCCUGCGCAGGCUCGCCCGCGGCCGGGAUGGCAGUGAUCCUGCUGAGAGGCUGCUCUGCGCUGCUGCCGACUUCUCGCGCGUGUUCCUCAUCGGCGACAGCUCCGGGGGGAACCUGGUGCACCUGGUGGCGGCGUGGGCCGGGGAGGAGGACUCGGAGUUCUGGUCGCCGCUCAGGGUGGCGGGCGGCAUCCCGCUCCAACCGGGCUUCGUCCGCUCGACUCGAAGCCGCUCCGAGCUGGAGCUCCAGGCCGACUCGGUGUUCUUCACGCUCGACAUGCUCGACAAGUUCCUGGCGUUGGGGCUGCCGCAGGGAGCCACCAAGGACCACCCAUUCACGUGCCCGAUGGGGGACGCGGCGCCGCCGCUGGAGCAGGUGAGGCUGCCGCCCUUCCUGGUGGCGGUGGCGGAGCGCGACCUGAUACACGGCACCAACCUGGAGUACUGCGAGGCGAUGAAGGAGGCCGGGCAGGAGGUGGAGGUGCUGGUGAGCGGCGGCGUCAGCCACUCCUUCUACCUCAACAAGUUCGCCGUCGACAACGACCCCACCACCGCGAAGAGGACGGAGGAGCUCAUCGUGGCCAUCAAGGACUUCGUCGGCCGCCACUGAUCGACCACCGUCGCCGCGUCUGUGUGUGUACGUACACACGUCAAGUUGACGGGAAGCAAAAUAUUAUUAUGUAGUCGAUAUAUCUCGUAUUUAAAUUCGUGUAAUAACUACGUGAUUUAAUAAAAUUAAAAAUUAUAUUAAAACAAUUUUAGGUU